AUCAACUGAGUUCGCCAUUUUGUAUUUGUUAUGUUAGAUUUGUUCAAGUUAGUGGAGGUCUUGUAAUAUCCUGAGCUGCUUACAUCUUGAGAAUGAAAGAUGAUUUUUGUUUUUUAGCUGUAACUUUAGUUUUUUCUCUAAUUAUUGUGCUUGUUUGUUCAGUAAAACAUACAUGUCGCGAUGAAAGAAACCAUAGUGUUGCCUGGUUUGUCGUUUACAAACUACCUCGUUUGCCAAAUCAUGAUGAUGAUUCGGUCAAACAUGGAAAGGCUUAUGCUUACAUAACCUCUAGAGGGAAAAUUGAAUGGAAACUUUCUGAAAAGUCAGUACAAGCUGAGGAUACCUUACUUGGAAAUACGUUCAGUCCAUUAUAUGAGGAGAAAUACAAGAGGAAUCUGUUAUACUUUAUGUACAAUGACAAGCCCCCCACUGUAAAAGAAUCUUACCGAGGGGGAGGACACGCUAAGGGUGUAGUGGCAGGUGACAAAACAGGAGGAUUCUGGAUGGUCCACAGUGUUCCGAACUAUAUAUCCAGCACCAAUAACAAAUAUACCUACCCUGACACUGGACUGAAAUUUGGACAAAGCUUCUUGUGCAUCACUCUCAAACCUAAAGAUCUGGAGCUAGCAGGUCAACUGAUGCAGUACAAUGAACUUCAUAUAUACGACAAGUCAAUUCCAAAUCAUUUAAAAAAAAUUUACAAAAACUUAAUCAAUACUGCAGAAGGAGAGAUGGUUGAUUCUGAAACUUUGAACUCUAAUGCCUUUAAGACAGCUGGAGAAAAUUCACUAAGCUCAGACAAAGGUAUCAAGAAUUAUUUUAAAUGGUUCAAGAGUAUUGAAAAAGGGUUCAGCAAUUUCUUUAGGCGUGCAAAAGAAGACAAACUUGACGUAAAAUCUGAACCUGGGAGUAUUUCUGAUGUCAUCAGGUCAGCUGGAGGGAAACACUUUCGUGUAUUUGCUAAAUCGCCAAGCUUCAACAAAGAACUCUACAGCUAUUGGGUGGCUCCUGCCCUGCAAGUCGAUCUUCUGGUCCAAACUUGGGCACGUGGUCGUUCUCAUCAAGAUUCUAGCUGUGAAGGCAAAUUCAAAGUAGAGAAUGUGGAAAAAAUCAGUGUUGUUGGUGUUGAGUUUCCCACAACAAACGACCACUCCAAAUGGGCUGUCUCAGAUUCACAGACAAAACCCUGGAUUUGUGUUGGUGACAUUAACAAAGAUGACUCUCAAAAGAGGCGUGGCGGCGGAACUGUAUGUAUUAAGAAUAAAUCCUUGUGGAAAGCGUACCAUACUACUGUUAUCGACACAGAUAGUUGUAGGAAAUAAUUAAAAUAACUAAUCACUCUUCUAUUCAUUUAUUAUUUUCAUUGGUUUCAUUAUUUCUAUUACCCUACAAAAAUGUUUUGUAGUAGGCCUACAAUAGAGUCUCAAUUACCCGACCUAAACCAGCAGCGUCAAAGUUUGAUAACAAGAGAAAAAAAAAUAUUUUGUGAAAAUGCUACAAAUCAUUAAAUUAGUACAGUUUUACCACAGUAAAAUAUUUUCAAGA